AUGAUCACCCAUCCAUACGAGAGGAUAGGUGACAAUGCGCCAUCCAAUCCGGGUGGCAAAUGCCCGCCCCCGAUUGCUGUUUAUGACUUUGACCAUGUCAACCGAAGGCAUACUAGGGCACAAACAAGCGCUAGCUCAGACCAGACACAAUUUGCUACCUUGGAAAAUGAUUCUCAUGAGAAAACCAUGGAAAUGAAGGAAUCUGUGUCUCAGAGCAGCCCUAACGGUCGGUCUGACGACCUUAGCCAUGUGACUGACUCAAGCAACAAGCAGGCAUAUGAAUCAUCGCGUAUGAAUUGUGGUGAAUACAACCCAGUCCUUCAGAAUACGGAUCACGGGAAAGGUGAUGAUGACGGCAAUUCAGGAUGUCUUUCCUCUUUCCUUAGCUUAUUCAACGGUCGGAAGCGAAAGGCUGCGAAAGCAGCCCAAUUAAAGGAAGAACUCGAAAAGCGCCUAUGGUCAGAUCCAGGGCCAUUUCGCUUUAAACCAGGAGAGCUCUGUUCUCUGAUCGAUCCGGAAGACUUUUCGAAACUUGAGCGCAUGGGUGGUAUUGAUGGCUUACUGGAAGGCCUCAUGACCAGCUCUGAUAAUGGGAUAUGUAUUGACCCUGCUCCCAGCAGUGAUUCAUCUAUUGCAGAAACAGGUACGAUCGCACAACGUGUACAGGUUUAUGGUGCGAAUUUGUUGCCUGAACGCAAGUCGAAAAGUCUUCUUAUGCUGAUGUGGUUAGCACUCCAAGACAAGAUCCUUAUCUUAUUGAUUAUCGCAGCGAUUGUUUCCCUUGCAUUAGGAUUGUAUACUGAUUUCACACCACCACAAGAAAUGCAGCCCUGCGUCCAUCCAGAACCAGGUAAAAGAGAAUGCCCCGCACCACCGGUUGAUUGGGUUGAAGGCGUAGCCAUUCUGGUUGCUGUCAUCGUGGUGGAUUUGGUUGGAUCUUUAAACGACUGGCAGAAAGAACGGCAGUUUCGAGUGUUGGAUGCUAAGAAGGAAUCGCGCCCCAUUACUGUACAGCGAGAUGGUAAGAAGCAUUUGGUAGAUAUCCACGAUGUGGUGGUGGGUGAUGUCGUUUCCUUGGAUCCAGGUGAAAUUGUUGCUUUUGAUGGUGUCAUUCUGCGCUCGCACAACAUUAAAUGUGAUGAAUCAAGCGUCACAGGUGAGUCUGAUAUGAUCCAGAAGAUUUCAUAUCAAGAAUUUCUAAGUGAGAAGCGGCAUGGGUCGACAAAUCACAAAAGUGUGUUUAUGAUUUCUGGUUCCAAGGUUCUUGAAGGUGUGGGCGAUUUUGUUGUCACGGCUGUUGGUCCCUUGAGCAUGAAUGGCAAAUUAAUGAUGUCGCUGCGCGAUGAGCCCGAAGAUACACCACUACAGACCAAGUUAAAUCAGCUUGCUGAAAUGAUAUCCAAACUUGGUUCGGCUGCUGGCAUUCUCAUGUUCAUCGCGCUAAUGAUUCGCUUUUUUGUUAGAUUGGGUCGUGACUCCCACGUGGAUGGCAAGGAAUACGGAGAAUCUUUUAUCGACAUCCUUAUCAUAUCUGUGACAUUGGUUGUUGUUGCGGUGCCUGAAGGUCUUCCGUUGGCCGUCACCCUUGCGCUGGCAUUUGCGACACGUCGUAUGUCGAAUCGAAAUUUGCUUGUCCGCAUCUUGGGGUCUUGUGAAACUAUGGCCAAUGCCACCUGCAUUUGUACAGACAAGACAGGCACCCUUACUCAAAACAAUAUGAGCGUGGUUGCUGGUUGUAUUGGCUCAGAGAUGCCUUUCCACGACGAAGUGAAACUUGAGGCUGAGAAUGCUAAAGUGAGCGAAAAUGGCAUUGGAUUGGGAUCUCUUACCAAUGAACUUCCAAGUUCGAUCCGCAAUGUUCUUGUGCAAUCGAUUUGCAUCAACUCCACAGCAUUUAUUCCUCGGAGCACGGAUGAGUCUGAUCAUUUUGUAACAUCCACAAUAAAGAAACCAUGGUGGGCCAGGCUGAUCUCUCGCGGGUCUCCUUCAGCCGCAUUGCUCAAGGCAGCUCAAGGUGAAGUUUCUUUUGUCGGUUCCAAAACUGAGUCUGCAUUGUUGAAUUUGGUACGUCGUAUGGACUGGGCCGAUUAUGAGCAAGUACGCAAAGCAGCAGAUGUUGUGCAAGUGUUUCCCUUUGGAUCCAAGCGUAAAGGUAUGGGUGUUGCGGUCAGAACGGACACAGGCGUACGUUUAUACGUCAAAGGAGCUAGUGAAAUUUUGCUGGAGUCGUCAACCAAGCUAGUAUCAGUGGCCAUGAGCAAGGCGUCAGCGUCUCAAAGUAUCGAGGUUAUAUCUAUGAAUGAAAAGUGCCGGCAGCAAUUGAGUGAUACGAUCACGGAUUAUGCUUCUCAAUCGCUUCGCACCCUUGGGCUGUGUUACCGCGAUUUCGACGUUUGGCCUCCCCCUGGCAUCCAAACGAAUGACUUGGGCGAAACUGCGUACGAGGAUGUUGCCAAGGAUUUGACUCUCUUGGGUGUGGUGGCCAUCGAAGAUCCCCUGCGCCGCGGUGUGACCGAGGCUGUGCGAGCCUGUGGAAAAGCGGGUGUCAAUGUCAAAAUGUGCACCGGUGACAAUAUCCUGACAGCCUCUUCAAUUGGAAAGCAGAGCGGUAUCUAUCGGCCUGGUGGUGUGGCAAUCGAGGGACCUGUCUUUCGACAAUUGUCACAUGCGGAUUUGGUGGAACUUGCGCCGCAUCUACAUAUUUUGGCUCGUUCAAGUCCAGAGGACAAAAAGACUCUGACCAACACCCUCAAAGAUCUCGGUGAGAUUGUGGCUGUUACAGGUGAUGGUACGAACGAUGGACCUGCUCUCAAAUCGGCCAAUGUCGGUUUUUCCAUGGGUAUUGCGGGAUCAGAAGUUGCCAAAGAAGCAAGUGAUAUUGUCUUGUUAGAUGACAACUUUUCGAGUAUUGUGAAUGCGAUCAUGUGGGGUCGUUGCGUUAAUGAUGCUGUGCGCAAAUUUCUUCAGUUCCAAAUCACGGUGAACAUUGUAGCCGUUGUAAUCACGUUUGUGUCAUCUGUUUCUGAUCGUGAUCAAAACUCUGUGCUAACGCCUGUCCAACUUCUCUGGCUCAAUCUUAUCAUGGACACACUUGCCGCUUUGGCAUUAGCCACAGAUCCGGCCGACCCCAAGUCCUUGGAGCGCAAACCAGACCGUUCAACAGCACCUCUUAUUACGCCAGAGAUGUGGAAGCUCAUUACUGUGCAGUCCAUUUAUCAGAUUAUUCUGAUUCUUGUACUCAAAUACCGUGGUAUGGAUAUUUUAAAUUCACACAGCGACAACAUCGCCAUCGAUCUUGUCCACAACGUGGAGCUGAACACAUUGAUUUUUAACGUAUUCGUGUGGUGUCAAUUGUUCAAUCAAGUCAAUGCCCGACGUCUGGAUCGGCAUUUAAACAUCUUCUACAAUAUCCACAAGAAUAUCUGGUUCCUCGCGAUCCUGCUUUUUGAAAUUGGAUGCCAGAUUCUGAUUAUUUUUGUUGGCGGUGCCACAUUCAAUGUUAGGCGCAUUAGUGGACGUGACUGGGGAAUUUCCAUCGUGGCUGGUUUGGUCUCAUGGCCUCUUGGCAUAGUGACACGUCUCAUUCCUACCAAACCUAUCGAGGACCUUAUGAUUCGCCUCAAGCUGAUGAAGGAUUCGAAAGAAUUACCGACUAAAAUGGCGAAGACCUCGACGGAAUCACUGGCUGCUGAAUGGAAUGAACCAGCCAUUGGAGAAAUUGCUAAACAAAUUGGAACUUUCUCUCGCAUACGUGGCGGUCGUCUUCGUGCUAGCAAUCUGGUGUUGAAGAGUGAUGCCAAAUUUAUGCGCGAAAAUGACGUGCAUCCUCAGCAAAUCAUGGCCAUGGUUCCAGCCCUUGUAGGUACAAGUGUGGGCGGAAUGUGGAAAAUGUCUAAACAAGGCGCAAAUUCUUAUGACGAAGCACAAGAAAAAGUCCCUGCAAGCCUCCUCUUUCAACAAGGCAAGAUUGUAUUCCAUCCCGACACGCCUUCAGAUCAUCCUUUCUUGCUGCGGUUGCAGUCCUAG